AUGAGCAGCUCCUGUGCAACACUGGCAGAGGUCCUGUGGGCCAAAGGGAGCCCUUUGGAGGAGGAAGAUAUAUGGGCACUUUUGUACCUGUCCACGUUGCAGCUUCUGGAAGACCUUCACAAAGACCCUAUCAUUUGUGUGAUUUGUCCAUGGUCAAUACUACUGUCUGCUGAAGGAAAUCUGUCCUUCCAAAACAAUGCAUCUCAGACAGAAGCGAUCCCUUUCAGCGCACCAGAAUUACUCCACAGACAGAAUAAAAACCAGCGCAUUGGACUAAUGAAGAUGUUGGUGUAUUCCUUAGGAAUGACCCUCUAUUGGUCAGCAGACUAUCAGGUUCCUCCAAACCAGUCCCUCCAGCUGAGUGACCAAUUACACAGUCUGUUGCUAACACUAUGUGAAGAUCUGCCACAUAAAAGGCUUUCUCCUGAGUCAAUUCUGGAAGUAUGUGAAGCACAUCAGAAGGAAUCUUCUUCCUCACCAGCAAAUACCUACAUAAAGAAAAUGGUCCAAUUUGUCGUGGGAAGUGUCAGUGAGGUAGAACGAGUAGCCACUGAAGACAGUACAACUUCUCAGCUUAAUAGAAGUCAUGUGAUAAGGAAGAGACUGCAUGAGAAAAUACCAGACACCUCACCACUGUUCUCCCACAUGAAUUUUCACCAAGAUAAAGGGUCCAGAUUAAUGAAUUACAGUCGGUCAACAGAAGAUUACAGGCAACUGUCUGUGGACUACAGUGACACUAAUAGCAUUUCAGAAAGUACAUCGUUGAUACUGUCUAACCGAGGACACAGAAGAGGGAGAGUUACGCAGACACACAGGUCAUGGGACCCCACCCUUAGUGGAUCAAGGACACAAAGCAGCUACAAGCUCUUCAUAAACAGGUCAGUCAGCGCUGUAGAAGAAAUCCCUGGUGGAGCUCAUAGGAACAGCAGACACAACCUGCUGAGUUUAGGCUCCACCUUCUCUGUGUCUACAAAGGACUACACAGCAGCUGCUACAUCACAGAAAUGUUUGUUCCAAAGGAAGGAAAAGGUGACUAAUGAAAAACGUUUCUCAGGUCCAGAAUUCAUUAUUUUGUCAAGUGAACCACCAGUGACCUUACAGCUGCCUGGAUCAAUUGUGACUAAGAAAGGAAAAUCCUAUUUGUCCCAAAGGGAUCUCAAUGUGAUUCUACUCAAUGGUCAGUGCCUUGAGGUGCAGUGUGACAUCAAGUCCAAGGCAAGAGAUGUUUUCAAUACUGUGGUGGCAUAUGCAAGCUUGGUGGAACAUUCCUACUUCGGUUUGGCUUAUCUGAAAGGUAAGGAGUUUUUCUUUUUGGAUGAUGAGACUAAACUCUACAAAGUGGCCCCAGAUGGCUGGAAUGACCAACCAAAGAAGAAAACCUCCAUCAUCAACUUCACACUCUUCCUAAGAAUAAAAUUCUUUGUCAGCCACUUUAAUGUUAUCCAGCACAGCUUGACGAGACACCAGUUUUACCUGCAGCUUCGUAAAGAUAUUUUGGAGGAGCGGUUAUAUUGCAAUGAUGAGACUGCCCUGAAACUUGGCGCUUUGGCUUUACAGGCAGAGCUUGGCAAUUAUGCUUCUGAGGUACAUGGAAAGAGUUAUUUUCGUGUUGAAGACUACAUUCCAGCAAGCCGAAUAGAGAAAAUGACCCUGGCACAUGUACAGAGAGAGCUUGCUAAAUUACAUCGCAUGAAUCGCUCCCUAUUUGAGGAUGAAGCUGAACUAGAAUUUUUAAAGGUAACUCAGCAGCUUCCUGAAUAUGGAGUACUAUUUUAUCGUGUGUCCCAAGAGAAGAAAGGAACAGGAGGGGACAUCAUCUUGGGAAUCUGUGCCAAAGGCAUCAUUGUAUAUGAGGUCAAAAAUCACACAAGAAUUGCCAGUUUAAGAUUCCAGUGGCGGGAAACAGAGAGAAUUUCAGCUCAUAGAAAGAAAUUCAUGAUUGAAAGUAGCUUCAGUGGCAAGAAACACACGUUCAUUACCGAUACAGCAAAGACAUGCAAAUAUCUACUGGACCUCUGUUCAGCCCAACACAAAUUCAAUGCACAGAUGAAUUCCAGGCAACUUCGUCAAACUUCAUCAGCCCCUGGAUCACCAGCUGUCCAAAAAGAAGUUUUACUAAGUGGUCUAGAAAGAGAAAUCAUCUGUGUCAAUCUAAAACGUGACCCUAAAAAUGGUUUUGGUUUUGUAAUUAUUGGAGGAGAAAAUGUAGGAAAAUUAGACCUCGGUAUCUUUAUCGCUUCAAUUAUCCCUGGAGGACCUGCAGACAGAGCUGGAAAUAUCAAACCAGGGGGACGACUCAUCUCUGUGAAUAAUAUUAGUCUUGAGGGUGUUUCGUUCAAUACUGCAGUUAAAAUUAUACAAAAUUCUCCUGAUGAAGUUGAGCUGAUCAUCUCUCAACCUAAAGACAUAUAUGAAGAAGGAUUAAAUGAAGAGAAGAGUAUAUCAAGGGGAAACAGCACUAGUGGUUCUGAGAUCUCUUGUGUAGACAGUGGAAGAAAAAAGAUUCAAGACUGUCAUGCAGCUCUCCCCAAAGAACAGGCUGUAAAUAUAGAUGAACUUGAGAAGGCUCUUUCUUGGAGUUUAGCACCAAAAUUGGGCCCCAAGAUUCCAGUCCUUUCAGCAGAUAGCCUGGAUGUGGAGGAGGCUGAUUCUUCACACUUACAAUCUCCAGCUGAAACCAACUCAAAUGAAACCUACACUGUGGAGCUUGUUAAAGAAGAUGGGACUUUUGGAAUCAGUGUGACUGGUGGAAUUAACACUAGUGUGCCUCAUGGUGGGAUAUACGUGAAGUCAAUUAUUCCCAGGGGACCGGCAGAUAAGGAUGGACAAAUAAAGAUAGGUGAUCGUCUGCUGGAAGUAGAUGGAAUCAGCCUCUGUGGGCUCACACACAAGCAGGCUGUGGAAAACCUUAAGAAAUCUGGCCAGGUUGCCAAGCUGGUUCUAGAAAGGGGACACCAUCAAGCAGCAGAGCCAUGCCUGAGUACUAACAACAGGAAAGAGGACCAAUGUGCAGUGGUUUCUGUGGCAACAUCCUUCACAGAUGGCAGCAAGGACUACUGCUUUUUGACAGAUGAGAAUACUUUUGAAGUCAAAUUGACAAAGAAUUCUGGAGGCCUUGGCUUUAGUGUUCUUCAGAUGGAAGAAGAAGGCUAUGAAUAUCUUGGAGGAGCUAUUGUCAGAAUCAAAAGGCUGUUUCCAGGGCAGCCAGCUGAAGAGAAUGGAGAAAUUGAAGUUGGAGACAUCAUUUUGGCUGUGAAUGGGAAAUCUCUUCAAGGACUCUUAUAUCAGGAUGUCCUGCACUUGUUGAGAGGAGCUCCUUCAGAAGUUACACUACUUCUCUGCAGACCACCAAAAGGUGUUCUUCCAGAAAUUGAGCAGACUGCCCUGGAUGGCCUGCUCCUGGUUACUGUCCAAGCAGGACCUACUCCAGCACCAUCUCCAGUUAAGGCAUUUAUGGCAGAGAUGCCAGGCAGUCCAGAGGCGGGAAAUAGUUUGGACCCAUCUACCAGUGAUGGAGGUAGCACCUCUCAAGACCUUGAAGACUGUUUGGAUUCUCCAUUGGCAGCAGAUUUCAGUGAACCUCCUGAUGAGGAGAGCUCAACCUAUGGAGAGCAGGAAACAGAGUCUCAAGAGAAUCCCAUCCAGAGACUUAUGCCUCCCAAGGAAAGUUCCUAUAAGGAUCUUUGGAAGUUUCAUCAAGAAGCUGCCAGUUCUGAAGAGUUUCACUCUCUAGAGGAAGAAGUGAAGCAGAACUGCUACUCACCAUGUGAACUAGAAUGUGCUGAAAAGUAA